AUGGACAAAGUGGCACAAUAUGAGCGCGUUUUCAAUCACUUUGAUGCAAACGGAGAUGGCAAAAUAUCACCUUUGGAGCUACAACAAUGUGUCAGGGCAAUCGGCGGAGAGCUGUCGUUGACAGAGGCAGAGGUGGCAGUGGAGCACCUGGACUCAGAUGGAGAUGGGCUGCUGUGUUUGGAUGACUUUGUCAAGUUUGUUGACGGCGGAAGAGAAGAAGAGAAGGUGAAUGAUUUGAAGGAGGCAUUUAAGAUGUACGUGAUGGAUGAUGGGUGUGGGUUUGGUUGCAUUACACCCAAGAGCCUUAAGAGGAUGCUGAGUAGACUCGGAGAGUCCAAGAGCGUUGAUGAGUGCAAGGUCAUGAUUUCCAGAUAUGAUCUCAAUGGUGAUGGGGUCCUCAAUUUUGAUGAGUUUAAGGUCAUGAUGUUUUGA